AUGUCACAAGCUUUUACUGAAAGUGUUAAAAACUCUUUAGGUCCCAAAGCCACUCCAAGAGCCAAGAAAUUGAUUGCCUCGUUGGUCCAACACGUUCAUGAUUUUGCUAGAGAGAAUCAACUCACCACUGAAGAUUGGUUAUGGGGUGUUGAUUUUAUUAAUCGAAUUGGUCAAAUGUCAGAUAGUAAAAGAAAUGAAGGGAUAUUGGUAUGUGAUAUCAUAGGUUUGGAGACGUUAGUUGAUGCUUUGACUAAUGAAAUUGAGCAUUCUAAUCAUACAUCCUCAGCUAUUCUUGGACCAUUUUAUGUACCUGAUUCCCCGGUUUAUCCAAAUGGUGGUUCAAUUGUCCAAAAAACUCUUCCUACAGAUGUCAAGUGUUUUGUUAAAGGUAAAGUCACCGAUACUGAAGGCAAACCAUUAGAUGGAGCUCAAAUUGAAGUUUGGCAAUGCAAUAGCGCUGGAUUUUAUAGUCAACAAGCUGAUCACGAUGGUCCCGAAUUUAACUUGAGAGGCACCUUUAUCACAGACGACGAAGGUAAUUAUUCAUUUGAAUGUUUAAGACCAACUCUGUAUCCUAUUCCAUACGAUGGACCUGCUGGUGAUUUAUUGAAGAUAAUGGAUAGACAUCCAAAUAGACCUAGCCAUAUUCAUUGGCGUGUUUCACACCCAGGAUACCAUACUUUGAUUACUCAGAUAUACGACGCAGAGUGCCCUUAUACAAAUGACGAUGCUGUUUAUGCGGUUAAAGAUGAUAUUAUUGUUCAUUUUGAAAAACUUGACGAUGAAGAUAAAGAUUUAAUUGGCCAGGUUGAGUAUAAAUUAAACUACGAUAUUUCAUUGGCUACUGAAUCAAGUAUUCAAGAAGCAAGAACUGCAGCUAAGACAAGACAAGAGACUGAGCUUAAAUUGUAA